AUGAAGAAUGAUGACAAAUUAUCAUUACCAUCACAUUCUUACCAAUCAUCGAGUCGACAACCAAACAAUUAUUCGACAAGACCGACAUAUUAUUCUUCAUCAGCACAAAAUGAUUAUUCAUAUACAACACAGCAACCGUUUCCACCACCAUCGAAUCCAUAUCCAUCAAAUGAUCACAAUGAAUGUAAUCAGAAUCAACAAUAUCCAGCAUCACAGGUUUCUCAAUCUCAGCAAAGGUACAAUCAACCAUAUUCGGUUACACAACAUAAAAAUUAUUUAUCAUGA